UUCAAAUUUGCCAGUGCAAGUACAGUUCGCGGCGCACGUUGCGAUGGCGGCGACGGCAUCCAAAUACGCGGCGUUCGUCAACACGCUCAAGGCGCAGGGUGCAAGCGAGUUGGCGACCGAGAUAUGCGUGUCGGGGCUCACAUGGCGCAAGCCAUGGAAAGACCACCGCGAGUUUGUCUUGUUUGACGUGACCGCGCGGUUUAAGCCAGGCAGCAUGACGCUUGUGUUGGGGCCGCCUGGAUGCGGCAAGACGAGUCUUCUCAAAGCCAUUGCCGGGGUGUUCUCUACAGCGCCAUUGAACGAGUCGGGGGGCGUCACAUUCAACGGCAUCGCAACGAACCGGCUACCCGCCGCGGACCUGCGCAGCCUCGUGACGUUUGCAGGCCAGCGCGACGAGCACAUCCCGACCCUGACCGUGCACGAAACCCUCGAGUUUGCCCACGCAUGUCGGUCCCAGACCUCAAACGCCGCAGUCUCGUUCGACGCGGCGGUCGGCACGGACGCCAUCAUUGACAUGCUCGGGCUCACGGGGUGCCAGCACACCCUCGUGGGCGAUGAUUACGUCCGAGGAGUGAGUGGCGGACAGAGGAGGCGCGUCACCCUUGGUGAAAUGCUGACCGGCCGCAGCCCCGUCCUCGUCCUGGACGAGUACACGACGGGGUUGGAUACGACGGUCGCCACGGACAUUACGCAAAAGCUUCGAGACAUGUGCAAGGCAGUGCAGUAUACGGUGGUGACGGCGCUACUGCAGCCGCCGCCAGAGGUAUUUGCCCUCUUCGACAACGUGCUCAUUUUGACGGAAGGCCACGUGGCCUACUUUGGGCCAACCGCCGACGCCACCGCGUAUUUCGAGGCGCUCGGAUUCACGUGCCCUGCCAGCACCGACGACGCCGACUUUCUCCAGGAAGUCGCGUCCGUCUACGGUGUGGCAUUUAAAGCCCCCGGCGUGGGCAAAGUGCCAGAGACCCCGGUCGAGUUUCACCAAGCGUUCAAAGAGUCGUCGUGGUACAGCACGCUCCACGUUCCCCGGUCCGUGGCGGCGGUCACGGGGGAUGGCAUCGGGCGAAAGGUCGUGCCAUCCGACAGCGUCGCGCCGCCCGCGACGUCCCCGUCGCCCCCGUCAUCUGCUGGACACGGUCGCUCGGCCAUGUCGUCGGCACGUCGAGUGUUGCAAAGACAGUUGAAGCUCGUCGUCCGGGACACCAAGUUUAACAUGAUUCGGUUCGGCCAGAGCAUCUUGAUGGGCGUCGCGAUCGGGUCGUUGUUUGGCAAGCUCGGCUACGAUCCCCCCAACGUCCCGUCCAAGAUCGGGCUCAUGUUUCUCACGCUGCUCUUUACCUCGGUCAUCACCCUCGCCAACAUUGCGUACACGAUUCAGCUACGGCGGGUGUUUCAAAAGCAAGCGCUGUUUCAACUGUACCCUGCGUGGACGUAUGCAGCGGCCGAGAGCGUCGUGGAAGUCGCGUGCACGUUUGUGCAGGUCUUUCUCUUCACCGUGACCACGUACUGGAUGUGUGAGUUUUCGCCGGUCGGCCUCGGCGAGCGCUACGGGGUGUACUACGCCAUCAUUUUCCUCAACAGCGUGUCCGCCACUCAAGCAUUCAAGUGCAUCGCGGCAUUCGCGCCGUCCGCCGUCUCGGGCUUGAUCCUCGGUGCCGCCGUCUGCUUCGUGCUCAUCAUCUUUUCUGGGUUUGCCAUCCCCGGCCCGUCCAUCCCGACCUACUUUGUCUGGUUGUUCAACGUGAAUCCCAGCAGCUGGGCGUUCUGGGCCAUCAUGAUCAACGAGUACACGUCCGCCCUGCCUGCGUACGACGCGCCCCACCCCAAGUUGCCCAUGCGGACCGGCGACUACUACGUCAAGCUGUACGGCGUGCCCGUCGACACGCAGUACGUGGGGUGGGCCAUCACGUAUCUCGGUGGGCUGUACGUGGGACUUGUGGGCCUCACUGCCAUCGGGUACCGCUUUGUCCGGUACAGGAAGACGCAUGCCUCGCCCGCUCCAACUGCAGUCGAUCCAUUGCGUUUACGGUCGAUGACUGGGGCGAGUCCCAACGUGAAGGAGAUUGUCGCGUCGGCGGCGUUUGCACCGGUCAUGCUGACCGUUCGAGAUGUACACUACAGCAUUCCCAUGCCGAGGAAGAAUCACCAGCCAGACAAGCGCGGGGCGACUGUCGACCUGCUCAGUGGCAUCCACGGACAGUUUGCACCAGGGACGAUGACGGCGCUGAUGGGAACGAGCGGCGCGGGCAAGAGUACGCUGCUGGACGUGCUAGCCGGGAGGAAGAACUCCGGCAAAAUCAAAGGGUCGAUGCACGUGAACGGGAUGCCGUUGACGCGAGCAGUCCAAAAACAAUUUGGCUACGUCGAGCAGUUUGAUCUGCACUGCUUGACGGCCACCGUCGAGGAAGCGCUCGAGUUCAGCGCGCAUUUGCGCCUGCCUGGUGCAUCCGUCGACGACAUCAAGGACGUCAUCCAGUCUACGCUGGACACCCUUGAACUCCGACGCGACCGCGGCAAGCGCAUCUCGAUUUUGUCCAACGAACAGUCCAAACGAGUCACGAUUGGCGUCGAGCUGGUGGCAAACCCAUCGGUGCUGUUUCUGGACGAGCCCACGAGCGGCCUUGACGUGCAUGCGGCCAAGGUCGUCCUCGACGCUAUCUACCGCAUCGCCCGCUCGGGCCGUACGGUCAUCUGCACAAUCCACCAGCCGAGCUUUGCGCUGUUUGAGAUGUUUGACGCGCUUGUGCUGCUUCGCACGGGGGGCAAAAUGGUGUACGUCGGCCCGCUGAACGGCGGGAAGGCCAUCGUGGAGUACUUGGAGCGGAUUCCAGGCACGCGCAAGCUCCUCGAUCGGGAAAACCCCGCCACGUACAUGCUGGACGUGAUGGCGGCAAACCCGUCGGUGGACUUUAGCUCCAUCUACAUGGCAUCGAGUCUAUGUGCAGCCAACGACGCGGCGAUUUCAGCGGGAUGUGAUGGCUCCAAACGUGCGCAGCCGUCGGCAGGUGGACCAGCAACGUCCCGAACCAAAGCGACCAGCUAUGGCACGCAGCUGUACUACCUCGGCCUCCGCACCGCGCGAAAGUAUUGGCGCACGCGCGAAUACAGCGUCGGCCGCGUCCUCAUAUCGAUAUUUGUCGCCAUCAUCUUUGGCGUGCUGUACGAGCACGACGAUGGUCUCCACUUCACGUCGCAGCUCCAGUCGCAAGCGUCGCUCGUGUUUGUCGGGCCGCUUUUCAUGGGCAUCAUCUCUGUAAUUACAGGUGCUAUGCACGUUCUCUGUGUAUCGAUGUGCAGCCGUGGCGAUUGAGGUCGUCGGCAGCCACGAGUUUGAGCGCAUGCAUGCACUCGACUACUAACAACUACGACAGGUCUGCCGGUGGUCGAUGCCGAGCGCAUGGUGUUCUUCCGGGAGCGCGCGUCUGCGAUGUAUGCCACGUUCCCGUACGCGUUGGUGUUUGCGCUGGUCGAAGUGCCGUACGUGCUGGUCAACUCGCUCGUGUUUUGUGGCAUUUUUUACCCCAUGGUCGGCCUCAAGCCGGAAGCGGUCGCGUUCGGUUGGUUCUACGUAUACUACGUCCUGUACAACUUGUUUGCCACGUACUUGGGCCAGUUCCUGGUCGCGAUCUUGCCCGACUUGCGGACAGCAGUCGUCGCGACGGGCGGGCUCAACUCGCUCAUUUCGUUGUUUGCGGGGUUUUUUAUCCACAAGGCCAACAUCCCGGUCGCAUGGAGCUUCAUGUAUUGGCUGUCCCCGCUGCACUACACGCUCGAAGGCAUGAUGUGCACGCAGUACGCGGACAGGUGGGAUUCCAUCUUCGUCGGGUCGAAAGGGGCCAUCUUGGCUCGGUCCAACACGACGAUUGCCAACUUUGUCAUGGACAUGUUUGGCGGCGGGAUAUCCAGCGACAACAACGUCCCGAACGUUGCCAUCCUCGUCGUGUGCAUAGUCGUGAUCAAGAUCGGAGGUUUCCUCGCUAUGCACUUUGUCUCGUUUGUGACGCGAUAACAUUUUUCUCGCAAUCAAA